CUUUUCGACACUCGAAACAAAACAGAAGCAUAUUAUACAAUUCUGAAUUCCCCGUGAUCGGAGAACCCAAAGCGACACAGUUUGUGGCCUCUCUCCGGCGAUUCCCGUCGGUCAAAAAUGUCGGCCACGAAUCCCGGAGCUCGGAAAUCGAGUUCCUAUAAAAUGAGCGGUAGGGUUUUCGCCUACUCCCUCCUUCUCACCCUCCAAUACGGCGCUCAGCCUCUCAUCUCCAAGCGCUGCAUUAGGCGAGAAGUUAUUGUAACUUCUUCUGUUCUGGCAUGUGAGGUUGCAAAGGUUGCGUGUGCGUUGUUUUUCAUGGCAAGAGAUGGCACUUUGAAGAAAGUAUUCAAGGAAUGGACUUUGACUGGUGCACUGACUGCAUCGGGUCUCCCUGCCGCUAUCUAUGCAUUGCAAAACAGCUUACUGCAGAUUUCUUACAAAAAUCUUGAUUCACUCACUUUCUCAAUGUUGAACCAGACAAAAAUAUUCUUCACCGCACUCUUCACAUUUCUUAUAUUGAGGCAGAAGCAAUCAAUUCAACAGAUAGGGGCCUUAUUCUUGUUGAUCAUUGCAGCUGUUCUUUUAAGCAUUGGUGAAGGCUCCAGCAAAGGUUCUAGAAGUGCCAAUUCUGAUCAAACUUUAUUUUAUGGUAUUGUUCCUGUCUUGGUUGCCUCCGUACUUUCAGGCCUUGCAUCUUCCUUGUGCCAGUGGGCCUCUCAGGUGAAGAAACAUUCAUCGUACUUAAUGACUGUAGAGAUGUCAAUCGUUGGAAGUUUGUGCUUGUUGGCUAGUACCUUCAAGUCUCCAGACGGUGAAUCUUUCAAACAAUACGGAUUCUUCUACGGUUGGACUCCACUAACUUUGAUCCCUGUUAUAAUCAAUGCCCUUGGUGGAAUUCUUGUUGGCCUUGUAACCAGUCAUGCUGGCGGCGUUAGAAAGGGGUUCGUUAUUGUUUCAGCACUUCUCGUUACGGCAUUGCUGCAGUUCAUUUUUGAAGGGAAACCGCCUUCAUUAUAUUGUCUUGUGGCUCUUCCCAUCGUGGUUAGCAGCAUUUCGAUAUACCAGAAAUAUCCAUACCAAGUUAAGAAGAAGGAACUUUAAACUCUACGUUUCAUUACUAAAGACAUUUACACAUUUAGCCCUGACUAGCCCUGAUUGGUAGCCAUUUUUAUUUGGUUCAGCUUGUCACAAUCUAUAUAGAUGCCAUCAUGGUAGUAGAGUUUUUCUGGGGGGUAAUUUCAAACUUGGUAUCUGUAAGGAAAUUCUUGCUUUCA